AUGUCAAAGGUUGAUGAUUUUGGUAAAGCUCUCAACGAUAUAGGAGAAGGGAUUAUGUAUAGGCAUGUUAAACCAAAGUUCUUGUGGAAGCUCCAAAGAUGGGUUGGAUUCGGACAAGAGAAGAAGGUGUAUGAAGCUAACGCCACUUUAAAUCGAACUUUUAAAAAGUUUAUAUUAGAUAAGAGGGAAGAUAUAAGAUCAAAAGAGAAUUCUAGUGGAGAAGGGUGGGGAUCUAUUGACAUCCCACAUGAAGCUAGAUGCAAGCAUCUGGGAGGGAUACCACUGCUUCUGCGCUCACUUGGUUCUUUUGGCGUUUGUCUCAAAACCCUCAUGUUGUCACUAACACUCGCCAAGAGAUCUACACCCAUCUACCAAGAAGGAGCUGGUGACCCCGAGAGGUCGACGUAUGAUUCGAUGGAAUUCCUGAACAAACUAGUGUAUUUACGUGGUGCCUUGUAUGAAGCAAUGAGACUUCAUCCUCCGGUUCCAUUCGAGCGCUUGUCUCCCGUAAAACCAGAUGUGCUUCCAAGUGGGCAUAGAGUCGACCCAAGUAUGAAGAUUGUAAUCUUUAUUUACGCGUUGGGGAGGAUGAACGCAGUAUGGGGAGAAGAUGCUUUGGAAUUUAACCCCAAGAGAUGGGUUUCGGAGACAAGAGGAUUUAUAGAAGUGUCUUCCUCCAAGUUCUUUACAUUUAAUGCAGGCCCAAGAGCUUGCCUCGGUAAGGAGGUAGCUAUGACUCUAAUGAAGACAGUUGUGGUGGAAAUAUUACAAAACUAUAAUAUUGAGGUUGUCCAAGGCCAAAAGAUUGAACCAGCUCCUGGUCCUAUCCUCCGCAUGAAGCAUGGUCUUCGAGUCAAACUUAAUAAAAGAUGCUCAUCUUCUGCAAUAUAA